AUGAGUAAUGAACGAGAUAAUUUAGACAAGUUAUUGCUUGUUUUUGUUCAUGGUUUUCGAGGUUCAGAUACCAGCUUCAAGGACUUUCCGAAUAGACUUCAGACCAUUCUUACAAACACAGUCAAAGCCGAUGUGAAUGCUAUUGUUUAUCCAUCUUAUAAAACGGCUGGAGAUCUUCGAGUUGCAGUAGAUAAUUUUUCGACCUGGUUGUGCAAUGAAGUUGCCACUUUACAGCAGGAGCUUGAACGGUUCAAUAGUACCGGGAAAAUCAUGGUUGUACUAUUAGGUCAUUCCAUGGGUGGCAUUGUCUCCGCAGAAACGAUUUUACGCUUUCACGACAAUAAAAACAAUGAAUUGCUUGGCGCCAAAAUUAUUGGCAUGAUUGCUUAUGAUACGCCGUUUUAUUCCAUCAAUCAAAAUUUUGUUGCGGAUAAAGCUUGGUCAAGUGUCGACCAGAUGAAUAAAGAAGUUGGACGAUAUUGGAAUACAGGUAACUCGGCUGCUGCUGUGACAGCAGCGACGGUGACUACAAAAGCGAUUACUGCGGGCACAAGUAGUAGUAGUAGUGCCAGCAAUAGUGUAAAGAAAUGGGGUCUGUUUGCUGGUGUCUUGGGGGCUGCUGCUAUUGGGGCUGCUGCUUAUAUGGCAAGAGAUCAGAUUUCGGCUACUAUCUCUGAGGCGUUCGACCAAUUGACCUUCAUUAGCGAUUUGACAGACAUGAAUGGCUGUGAUCAGAGGUAA